AUGCAAUUUCAAAAUAAUCAAGCUAAAGCUAUAGAAGUAUCUAAAGAUGGCUGAGUAACUUAUAGGCAAUUCCCAACAUUAGGAUAUAGCCAUUCAAUUGCUUUUCAUAGCCAAGAUUUUGGAAUUCUAAGGCAAACAACGAAUCACAAGUUAGAGCAGGCUUGAAGCAAAAGACUAAAAAGGAUCUGGAGUAUUACUAUAUGCAUUUUUAUUGACUUCUCAAUCUAA